UGAUUGUGACCGGGAGGCGAUAUGCUAACAAGUCUUUGCCCUAACGUCUGUUGACCUUGGAUUCUAGAUGUUCAUCUAUUGGACUUACUCUUCAGAAAAGUGAAACAGACAGAGAGGAUAACACAGAUUGUGACCGGGAGUCAAAAUGUUGAAAAGUCUUUGCCGUAAACGUCUGUUGACCAUGAUUUCUAGAUGUUCAUCUGUUGGAUUUUCACUACAGAAAGGCCCUGCUGUUCCCUUGAACACCUCACCAACCUGUGUUUUUGGGCAACGUCUCAACCGUUAUCAGUCGUUUUCAUCACGGAAAAUUGUAUCUGAAACAGUUGCCGAAACUGUCAGGGCUGUCGACGACGGACGAAAAGUGGAAAUUGUUUGGAAUGAUGGCAAAUCGUCGAGAUUCCAUGCAGUGUGGCUGAGACAUCAUUGUCCCUGUCGAGAAUGUUAUUCCGACGAAAUCAGCCAGGUGUUAAUAGAUAUAGACAAACUGCCGCUUGACAUCAAAGUGACGGACGUCACAGUAACAGAAAAUGGCAGAGUUCGGAUACAGUGGGAUGACAAUCAUGCUGGAGAGUUUAGCUCAGCCUUCCUGAAGAAAUAUUGUUACUCACAAAACAGUUUACAACAGAAGAAAGAUUCCAUGAAGACGAUGUUGUGCAAGGAGUCUGUCAAACCAAGUGUCACGUAUGCUGACUGUGAGGCAGAUGAGAAGCACGUGUACAAGUGGUUGACAGAUGUUAAUGAAAAUGGCCUAGCAAUGGUUAAAGGAGCUCCAGUCACAAAUAACCUUUUGACAGAGUUCAUUCCAAAACAUAUGGCGCCAUUGCUUGACAAUACGUAUGGAAAGAUUUAUGACGUGAUUGUGAUGGAAGAGCCAACCAAUUUGGCAUACACGAGAAAUAAGUUACAGUUCCACAUGGAUUUGCCCUACUAUGAGUCAAUGCCUGGAAUACAGUUUCUUCACUGCCUUAAAUUUGAUGAUGCUCUUAUUGGGGGAGAAACCCUCUUCGUUGAUAUGUUCGCGGUUUGUGAAGAAUUUAGGCAAACAAAUCCAGUCGAGUUUAAAACCCUUUGUUCUGUUCCUUGUACAUUUUCCAGAAAUCAUUUAUCAAGAGAAAACCCCAUUCAUUUGUUGAUACGACGACCAGUCAUUAACUUGAACAAUGAGAAAGAGAUAAUCGGAGUGUUCUGGAACCCUGGCGUAGUUGGCGUAUCGGAGAUACCAGAGGAUCACGUGACCGAGUACUACAGGGCGUACCAGUUGUUUGCAAGAUCAAUAUCUAACUUCCACACAAAAAAUGAAAUUCGCCUUCAGCCUGGAGAUAUCGUAACGUUCAACAACAGAAGGAUGGCACACAGUCGUAAUUCAUUUACUGAUGGAAGUGGUGAACGGCAUUUUCAGGGCUGCUACGUAAACAUCUGUGAAUAUAAAAGCCGUCUUGUCAGUCUGACAAGGAAGUAUGGCGAUGUAUCAACCAUCAAACGUGUCGGUAACAUGGAUUGGAUGUAGAAUGGGUGCUGAAUGGACGACACAUAGGAGGAAUAAUACCCCAGUUCUUAAUAUACAUCUCUAAAAUGGUAUUCUUCUUUGGUAAUGUAAGCUAAUGCAUUAGUGACCUUUACUUUAAGUACGACAAACUGUAGUCAAACGGAAAUAUUAAUAAUUCGAUAUAAAUAUUUUUUAAGAAUACUUUCAAGCUUCUGGCUUAUCAUGGUUAUAACAUUUAAAAACCGAUACAUGUAAAACAUUCAUUUACGUAUCGCAAAACUUAGAUAACACAACAGGCAAAAUGUUCAUUUAAACCUCGACACAAAUUUCAAAUCUAUCAGGAAAGUGUUUUACUAUGUAUUAAUAGAUUUACAAAGCACUUCAACUCAUUUAAUACAUUAUGUGUCUUUGUCCAUAAAAGUUAUAAACAAACUACGUGAAUUGCAGUUAUGAUAGUGAAAUAAAUGCUGUUUUGAUUGUGGACCCAACCAUACUCUAAACAGAAAUUGCUACUUAAAAGUUUAUCAAACAUGUAACCUUUAGACCACAUAUCACAAAGCUACGAAAAUAUCAAACAAAUAGCACAGACUAAAGUCUGACCACAAUGACCUGCCUUGUGUUUGACGUUCGAUUGUCAUAUGAUGUAUUCAUUAAGGCGAACAGGUAGAUUAAGUGAUCAGCCAAGUCACAGGUAAAGCAAUCAAGGUAAUGACCCUCGGCUUGUUUAACGUACUCGACACACCCUAACAACUUAAGUAGUUUAAAGCAUGAAGUUAAAUAAGCGAUAUAGCAACGUUUGACUUACAUAUGAAGGCGACCCAUGAUUGCAAAACGGCACACAAAAUACUUUAUGGUUAUUACUGGCCAUCUGAUGCACGAGCAGUUGGGAAUCCUUCCGACUCUGUGUUUGCAGAAUGUUAAAUAAUUUUGUAGAUAAUAAAUGUGAUGGAUUUGCACAAAAAUAAGAUUUAAUCAGAAUGAAAAACACCUUUUAAGGAAUGCAAAAAGUCAGAUAUACAAUGAAAUACUUUAUUUUCGCAUUCUUUGGCUGACUUUGUGGUUGUGACGAUGUAAUUUAGAUAUUAAAAGUACUUUCGAUUGAACUAAUAGUCGGUAAAGAUUUAUACUCACGAAGGAAUUUUCUUGAAUAAAUAUACAUUCCUCGAAAAUAUAAUGAUUCGAAAUAUUGUUAAAAAUAUAUAAACACAAGGUAUAAUGUAUCUACUUUUGCGAUCAUUAAAACAAAUUAAUACAAUAAAUUCCUUCGCAAAAAAAAUGUGAUAUAUUUAUUAUCAUAAU